UGUGUGUUCGCGCGUCUGUUUGUAUGUAUGUGUGUGUGUCUAAUCGCAGCAUUGAACGUGUCUGCUCAGUCAAGACACAACCCGUUGACGUGCUAGAUAACGGUUUAUGUUUCUGAUAAUUAUAGGUUUCUUUUUGUUGCAGGGAGGUUAUUUUCAUGUUAUACUAUGCAUAUUAAAGCAUUUUUCUUGUAAAACGCAGUAUUCAUUGGCUAAGAACAGCCGACUUCGUUUCUGGUGGAGUGUCCGCUCCUCCUCCCCUCGAUGAAGAUCUGCGAUGCCCUCUGAUUUUACAUCCAUCCUUAGCACGGAUAUCGACCUCAAUUCCCCCAAAUCGCUAUACUCUAAAGAGUCGGUAUAUGACCUCCUCCCCAAAGAGCUCCAGCUCCAGCCAUCGUCCACCAAGCCCGACCCACCCACCAUGAGCCAGAAGAGCGGGGGAGAGGCGGGACCUCCCCCCUCUGCAGCCUUGGCUUCAGAUGCCACCUCUUCCACCUCCAGCCCUUCUGCUUCUUCUUCUCUGGCCAUGGGAGUUCUGUCCAGUGGUAUCUCUACCUCAUCUUCAGACCAUGUCACAGUCGCCAAGCAUCUCCAUUCUGCAGCAGGAGAUGGAGCUGAAGCUGCAGAGAUGCAAAGCAUGGAGGCUGCCAGAUCUGCCCCCAGCAGAGGCAACAAUGGAGUAAACGCUACAGCGGGAGACAUGGGAUCAGCAGUCUUGUCAGGGUUAGGUGUCCAGCAACUUCAGAACACCCCGUCCAAAAGAAGGCCCGUGUUGAGCAUAUCCCCACCACCUGAGGAUCUGUUUGACGACAGUCAGAUGUCUUGCCAAGAAGAACCUGCUUUAUCAGGUGGACCAGGCCCUGACUCAGAGCACAGCAACAGCAUUUGGGCUGAUGAUUCCGUCUCCAACUUCAGCUUGAUCAGCACCGUCUCCUACAACGACAACACAGAGGUGCCCCGCAAAUCAAGAAAGCGCACUCCUCGCCAGCGGCCUGGUCCCAAGCCUGCUCCUCCAGAGGACAGCAUGGAUGUGUUUGAUGCCGACAGCGCCAAGGGUCCUCACUUUGUCCUAUCUCAACUGGGCACAGACAAGACCAGUUCCAUAACCAGUUCUCUGGAGUCAGGAGCCACAGUGAAAGGUGGGUCACUGUCUGCUCAGUACCCCCAGAGAAGUGAUGGAAAGGAGCUGAAGAUCCUGGUGCAGCCGGAGACGCAGCAUAGAGCUCGCUACCUGACUGAGGGCAGCAGAGGUUCUGUUAAAGACCGCACACAGCAAGGAUUUCCCACCGUCAAGUUGGAAGGUGUCAACGAACCGGUCCUGCUUCAGGUGUUCGUAGCAAAUGAUGCAGGAAGAGUGAAGCCUCACGGUUUCUACCAGGCCUGCAGGGUGACAGGACGCAACACCACUGCCUGCAAAGAAGUGGACAUAGAGGGGACCACAGUAAUCGAAAUCCCUCUGGAACCCAGCAGCGACAUGACGCUUGCUGUGGACUGUGUAGGAAUUUUGAAGCUCCGCAAUGCAGAUGUUGAAGCUCGCAUUGGUGUGGCAGGAUCCAAGAAAAAAAGCACACGAGCAAGGCUGGCCUUCCGAGUUAACAUCCCCCAACCAGACGGAUCAGUACUUACCUUACAGGUCCCCUCAUCCCCCAUCCUCUGCACUCAGCCAGCAGGAGUGCCAGAGAUCCUGAAAAAGAGUCUUCACAGCUGCUCAGUUAGAGGAGGAGAGGAGGUUUUUAUUAUCGGAAAGAACUUCCUCAAAGGAACCAAAGUUAUUUUUCAAGAGAACGUUGCAGAUGAUAAUUCUUGGCAGGCCGAAGCAAAAAUCGACAUGGACCUCUUUCAUCAGAAUCAUCUGAUAGUAACAGUCCCUCCAUACCACAACCAGUCAAUCUCUUCUCCUGUGUCUGUGGGGAUAUUUGUGAUGACUAAUGCUGGUAAAUCACAUGAGGCCCAGCCGUUCACCUACACUCCUGACCAAGCUGACAACUCAAAUGCCCCCACAGUAAAAACAGAGGGCACCUCCAUGGCCAACACGUGUAUUUUUGAGGGCCAGAUCAAAUCCAUAUCUGCGGAGCAAACUGACUGCUCUGGUCAGCCUACAAAACGCCAAGAGGACACACCUAUGGAGGUGUCCAGCAACCCACAAGCUUCAGACGUCUUCAAACAAUCUCCUGACCCCCUCAUCUCAGUGCAGCAAACUCUGGAGCUCAACUCUAGUCCUCAUUCUAGUGCGGAGUCUUUUCAGAGCUCGAUACCCCUACAACCAGAAGAUGUGGAACUUCCACCAGCCCCCCCAGUCUUUCCUAGUCUGGAGUCUCUCAGUACUAUGCAGAAGCAAGACAUUUCAUCCACGACCUCAUUCCCAGUGUCAGGAGAUACCACAAUCCCCCCUGUAACACCGGAAGUUCCUCAACAGUUUCUCCGAGACCCUCAGGAGAGCUUAUCUCCGGAGAGUUCCGAUAACAGUGGAAGGAUCGUGGUUGUCGCCAUGCCCCAAAUGGCCGCUCCCGCUCAGGCACAGCCACAACAGUCCCAGGUUACCCUGUUCCCUCAAGAAGGAGUUGCACAACUUGAGCGGGCAGUAAGAGAACUGCAGGCUGGAGGUAACACCACAUUCCAGGAGGUGCUGGAGGCGGCUGUCGCCCAGCAGCAGCUGAAUUCUGUGCUUUACAGCCCAACACCUUCUGCAGAUUCCCUUCAGCAGCAUGUUCAGGAGAAUAUGAACAGCCUUAGGUUGGGAACCACGGAUAAUUCACUAUCAGCACAGCAGCAGCUCCAAAUACAACAGCAGCAGCAGUUUCAACAGCAGCAGCUGCAGCAACAACAAAUUCUUGAAAACCUUCAGCAACAACAACAGCAGGUUCUAAAUAACAUUCAAAUUCAGCAGCAGCUCAUCUUACAGCCCCAAGACCAGCAGCAAAUGAUGGAGAAUAUUCAGCAGCAGCAGCAAACUCAGCAACAACAAGCGCUUAACAACAUCCAGCUGCAGGAUCAGCAACAGCAAAACCAAAUUCUCUCCAAUUUACAACAACAGCAACUGCAUCAGCAGCAAAAUCAAGCUUUGAGCAACUUGCAACAGCAACAACAAUUACAAGAGCAGGUUCUGGAGAACCUGCAGCAGCGCCUCCAGGCUGAGUUGCUCCAGCCUCAGAUACACUCCUCUGCUCAAGCUCAGCAGCCUGUCACCCUGCUGCAGCAGGCUGGAGAGCUUCUUACCAUCCAGACGAGCUUCCCAACACAGCCUCCAACCCACACGUCUCCACCACAGCAGCUCUUUCAGUCCCCGAGGCCCCUCUCUGAGACCCAGGGUCAUGCUGCUCUGCUUCAAAACACACUGUCCGUUCUAACCGGUGGCAGCCUCAACUCGGAGCAGCAAUCCACAGGGUCAACCCUGUACCUAUCCCCAAACCCUCAGCCCCAACAGCAGCAACAACAGCAAUUGGCAUUCAUCUCCUCCAUGGAGACCUCAAGCAGUGCCCCUCAGACCGUUUCAAUGUUUCAGAACCAACCCCAAACCCAACUCUCCCAGCUGCAACAGCAGAGCACCCCGAUGGAGCAGCAGCAGUCUUCACAGCAGAAUCAACAAGCCCCACAGCAGCUUUCAUUGGGCCAGCAAGGCUCUCUGUUCCAGACUAUCCCAAACCACUCCCAGACAAAUCCAGUCCCCCAGAGCCAACUCACACAGCCCCAACAAGCAGGUCUGCUUCUGUGUGCCACAGAUCUUAACCCACAAGCUAUCCUCUUCGGCACCCAGACUCCAGGUUCCCCCACUCUAGGAAGCAUCAGUGUUGGAAUCUCCCAGACAGACUCUGCGGAGCCCAUGUCCUUCCAAGAUCAGAGCUCUUCUGGAAACAGCGUGACAUCUACCGACAGCCAACAGCAGAGCUUAUUUCAAGAACAGCAGCCAAUGCAAGUGACCCCAAGCUCCGGGCAAGUCCCAGGCAGUCAACCGGUGAAGCUGUUCAUACCCCAGACAUCUCUCUCCAACCUGCAGAGCGCAAUUGGCCCACAGGAGCUAACCAAUCAGGCUCCAGCUUCUGCAGCAACCAUUUUUGUGGUGCAAGGUGGUGUCGGCAUGGUCGCCAGCCCUGUUCAGCAAUCUCAAGAGCAGCUUUUCCAGGCCACAGUGAGUGGCAGCGUGGCUCCACAAGGACAAACCAACCUGUUUGUUUUCGGCAUCCAGAAUGACUCAUCGCAGCUCCUCAGUUCUUCUGGAACCACUCUGCCAGUCCAGAACCAGGGUCAGAACUCCAGUCUCAUGCAGCCGCUGCUGGACCAGCCCAUGGGCCAGGCUCCCUCCGCCAUGCACAGUGACCUGCAGAACACCCUGCAUGCACAAAUGCAGAGCAGCCUGGAAAACGCAAUGCAGUCUAACGCACAGUCCAGCUUACAGGUAUCUAUAGAAGCAAACCUGCCAACUCCAAUGCAGACACAGAUGGAGAGCAGCUUGCAGAAUCAAAUGCAGGCGUCUAUAUCGGCAACAUCUAGCAUGGAUAAAAUUGAAGACAUACUGGAAAGCCUACAGAAGCAGUGAGAAUUGGUUAGACUAUUGGGCAACUGAGCAGGGUGACUGAAAUGUAGCUAGAAGUGAUACUUUUUAAAAUAAAAUGAAGAAAAAAAACAACAAUAAAGGGGAUGCGUUUCCGUGGGGUGAUGUUGGUGGUUGCAUUAGAAAAAUCAAGAAAAUCUUUAAGAAAAUUAGGAACUCCCUUUUAAAAGAAGCUCAAAUCCCAAGUUGGCUUUUUAUAAUAUACUCAUUUUAUGGCCUUCAUCCAUUCCUCCCUAAUCAGUUCAUCCAACUUUGUUAUUACCCCCUUUUGCAGGAUCAGAGGCCUGUAAUUACAGUUUUACUUAGUAGUCCCAACAAUCCAGUGUUUGAUCAUAGGUGUUUUUGUAACGUGAGCCUAAGAGAUGACUGCAAUCAGACGCCUACCAUGUUAGGAAGUCAGCAUCCUGAAUGAAUGUCGGCAGCAGUGGAGUCUGGAGGAGCAGUAGGAGACGAUGGGGCAGUUCUUUACGGAGCGACUGCCUGGUUGCACAGUAGCGUGAAAAACAUAGACAGAAUCUCAUUUUGUGCGUCUGUAAACGUAUGCCUAAUAUUUGGAAUCAAGGGGGUAAAUGUUGCAUUACUUCUUUUUCCAUUGUAGUAAACAUUCAAUUUAAGCUUCUUUUGGAAGGACGGGGUUUCUUUUUUUUGUUGUCCAUGACAUUGCACAUGUCUACAGCUUCUGUAAAAUCUACUCUAAGAGUACAGAUCGCCAAAAUAUAGAAUUCUAUUAAAAAUUCAUAGCUUAUGUCCUAAUGUGGCGGAAUUCUGCUUUUAAAGUCUCCCACAGGAAGUGAAAGACUCAGCUCCGCUUUGCAAAAUAACAGCAAGAAAAGCAUAGCUAAAUGUAAAAUCAAAUCACUGCAGGAGGCUGUCCUAAAUGCAAAACGGGGGGUAUUACACCCUCAAAAAAUGAGGUUCAAUCUGGUAAAUAAUGCGACAUGGCUGGUAAGUGUUUGCGUCCCAACAUUUUCAUGCUUUAGGCCUCAUCAAUGGGCGAGCAGAAGCUUUUUUUUUAAAGAUUACGGUAAAUCCGCAUUUAGUUGUUGUCAUGUCUGCCUCCUUUGUCAUUUUAAGACGUUGGUCAUGUUUACCAACUGAAGUGGAUAGAAGGAAGCCUUCCACUGGUAAAAACGGUGUGUUGUGUGUGUGUGUUUUUUUUAAGGCAUUUUAUCUAAAGCACUUUAUAUUCUCUUUUAUGUAACCCACUACUCCUUAUAUCCGUCCACAGCUCUGUAAUGAACUGGCUGAAUUUGUACUUUGAGACGUCCAGUAAAAAAACAGAGGGGGAAACAAAAGAAACAGAGUAGAAUCAUUUGUCCUUGUUAUGCUAAAUGCAACUUAACCAAACAGUUUUACAUCAAAUCACACCAGAGUAGUUGGUAUAAAAACCGCUCACUGUUGUAUCCCUCCUUAUGAUGAGCCCCAGUUGUCCAGUGGCAUCUGUCCAGAAAUCAGCCAUUCCCACUAAAGCAUUGUUGUCUCUCUGUGUUCUUUAGUUUUUGUACCAGUUCCUGUUCUGCCCGACACUGGGACUGUUUUGUAUCGCGUAGAGUUUAUGUCUUAAGUGUUGGCGGUGCAUUGGGGUUGGUGUCAGAGGAAGUCGGUAUCCAGUACUCGUCCUUUAUCUGUUGUGAAUCACGGGCUCACCAGUACAAGAACUGUUACAAAGGGGCUGUCAUUUUGAUUCUAUCUAUGGUGCUACAUGCAGGGCACUUCAGCCGCGACGCUGGAACAAGAUUUAUUCUUCAAAUAGCACUAGCAUUGCUUGUUCACAGAAAGUUAGUCAGCUGAGUUUUCAACCGCGAUGGGGUCAAACUGGAGUGCAUUUUAGGCGUACCAAAGCUCCUGAUCGUCGCCACUUCAUCUCCUUUUUAUCUUUGCAAAUACCCUCAUGAUGUUUACUCAUUUGUACCAAAUUACGCAGCUCUGACAAACUAAAAUUCAGUAUUUUAUUUUAAAAGAUUUACAAAAGACGUGUUCAGGUACGUUGGUUUCACAGAUCCGUUAACCACCGACAUUUCCACCCAUUCAAUACUAUAUAUUUUGAUGCUUUACUUUCCAUAUCCAACAACAGCCUAUUUGGCGUUAUCAAAAAUUUGAUUUUUUUUUUUUUUUUUUGAGAAUUCAAGUGAUAGAAAUUGUUCAUGAAUGCACGUUUACAUUUUCAUAGUCUUUGUCCUGCAGCUUUCAGUGAUCCAUUUUAAAGUAACUUAUCUUUUUUAGAAUUUUGUAUCCAUGUAUCAAAGUGUAGAGUAUUUUUGUAAAGCAAAGCUUUUUGGUUUAUUCUCAGCACAGAAGAUAUCAUUGCUGGUGUGUUGUUGUUUUUUUUUUUUUCCAUUUCUUCUCCCCCAAAGUGAAGUACAGGUUUACUGUUAGAAUUAAUUCUAAAAUUGGAAACGUUUCACUUUAAAUUGAUCCAAAAUUGACUCCAAAAAAAACAGUUUGGCUCUGUGAUCCUGUAUUUGUUGCUUUAUUUUUUUAAAAGGCGUGCAUCUGAAAAGACGCUUUGACUCAUUCAUCAACUGUUCAUCAGGUCAGCCAUGAAGUUUCCAAGCAUUCCGUUCCUCUACUUUUGGAGAUUUUGAGCACAUGUUUUAGUUGCGAAAGUGCUGAACAGCUUUGCCUCUUGAGAAGCCAUACCAACACAGAAUGCCAACGCGUGACUUCACUUUCAUGAAUGUAAUGUUACCUCACGGUGUGGACAUGGAGGUUGAUCGAAAUCUGGCAUCGGACCAAUCCUUUUUAGAGGUCAUAAGCAAUGGAACCAGCUUGUGUACAUGUUUCAACCUUUAUUUUAUUUUCUGUUUUUUUUUUUUUUUUUAAAGACUACAUCUUUUAUUUUGAAGAGCCACUUCAACCCGGGGAAACAAGCCCAGUUAAAUAUGAGUUUACUGGUGGCAAAGAGAGCACACAAAUCUUUGCAUAAUAUCUUUCUGUUCCCUUCAGUCCUGUAAAUGGUUAUCCACGUGUAUUUAAAUGUGAAAUUUACUGCAGGGGUAUCUUGAAUUUCAAUUGUGAUGCUUUCAACAGAACUUUGUGUGCCUUGAUAACAAAUUAAUUGUUGCUCUGUUGUGUUAACUGGUGUCCCUUUUUUUUUUUUUUUCUUUGGCCAUUGCUCCUCGUCCUAUUUACGCUUUAGGACAGUGUAACAUCGAGAUGCUUUUCAACAGCUAGAUUGCUCAAUAGAGGCAUAAGCAGAACUCAUGCUGAUAUAUAUAUAUAUAUAUUUAUAUAUUUUGCGAAAACGUUUCUUAACAUUUCUCCUCCCAUGCUGUGCAGCUUCACCCGUGAAAUGUCACCUUGUUUGUCGUGUUUUGCUGAAAAAUGUGUGUCAUGCCUCAUGAGAUUUGUCCGCGUGAGGUAAAAAGGACGGAGACGGUGACGAUUGUUUUCCUGGGGAACUUUGUGUUGAUGUGCUUGUCACGAUACAGUUGCUGUGAAAUGCUUGAUCAUAAAGGGGCAACCGUGGACUUGUUAUAUUUGCCAAUAGUGAGCUUUAUCUUCUUUAAUCAGUUUGCUCACUUUUCCUAGUUCGCUUUCUAUUUCACAUCUUCCAACAGUUCUGUUCUAUCAGUUUGUGUGUAGCUUCAGCUUAGUAUCUAGCCUUAAGACCCUGCAGUAGGGAUCAAGGUCAACCCCAACGUGUUAUACAUCUGAAAUAUUAAAAUGUACUUUGCCUUGGUCUGGACAUUUGUAUACUCUUCUGUUUAUAUCUGUAAUCCUGCUGCUACAUUAAAAGAAUUAAUAAAAAUGUA